AUGGCAGGCGAUUCCUUGGGCCUUCCCGUAGACGGCGUCUUUCGUGAAAGAGCCUCUUCAGCAUGCUCCUCUUCCUCUGCCGAUAGUUCACUCUCUAUCAGUCCCCCACCUACACGCCGAUCCAGCAAGGCUGCCGUCAGCCUUUCUAAAUCACCCGUCAAGCGUUCUCGUGGACGCAGAGUGUCCAACAGCCCAAGUGUAGCUGGCCAAAAGGUGUUUACCUGUACACAUGAUGAUUGUGGUAAGGUAUUUAAGCGAUCAGAACACUUGAAGCGUCAUAUUCGAUCCAUUCAUACUUUGGAAAAACCCUAUGAAUGCCCUUAUCAAACGUGCUCCAAGAGAUUCUCUCGCUCUGAUAACUUGAACCAACAUAUUCGCAUUCAUCGUCACACAGGAAAAGACAAGAGCAAUACUAAUAACAGCAGCACCAGUAAUCAGAACGCUAGCGUCUCAAACAACAACUUUAAUAAUUUUAUGCCUACUUUUUAA